UCUUAUUUUCCAAAGAUAGAGGACCCGCGUAGCAAUUUCCAAGGAGCCGGUGCUUCUUCUGGCGCCAUUUCAACCGCCUCGUAACUAGUAAAAAUCCUUGCUAUCAUGCCCCGUCUACUCGUACAAUUUCCACUGUAAUAACAAUCGUUAUGUCCUCCGACGCCGGAACCCUAACCCUAAACUCAACCACUCUAUACACAACCGCUCUCAACUCCGGCUCCGGUAAAUCCUCAUCACGUUCACUCUCCCUCUCCCUCCCCCCAAUCCCUUCUUCAAUCCCCCAACCAAAACUCAUCCCAAAAACUCGCUUUAUCAUCGACGGUUUCAGAAACGCCGGCGAUUUCUCCGUUUCAUACUUCCUCUCUCAUUUCCACUCCGAUCACUAUGCUGGCUUGUCUUCUAAUUGGUCUAAAGGCAUCAUUUUCUGUUCCUUCAUUACUGCUAACCUUCUGAUCAAAGUCCUCAAUGUUCCGGCGCAAUAUGUAGUGGCGUUACCGCUCUCCGAAUUGGUUUUGAUAGACGGUUCUGAGGUUUAUCUCAUUGAUGCUAAUCAUUGUCCUGGUGCUGUGCAAUUUUUGUUCAAAGUUCCAGCUAGUAAUGGCAAAUUUGAAAGGUACGUUCACACAGGCGAUUUUCGUUAUCGUGAUGUCAUGAAAUUAGAGCCUGUAUUGAAUGCAUUUGUUGGUGCUGAUGCGGUGUUUUUGGAUACUACUUAUUGUCAUCCGAAAUUUAUAUUCCCUAGUCAAGAGGAGUCGAUUGAUUAUAUAGUUGGAGUUAUAGAGAAAUGUAGAGUUGAGAAUGAGGGUUCAUUGAAAAAUAUCUUGUUUCUUAUUGCUACUUAUGUAAUUGGGAAAGAGAAGAUUUUGGUGGAGGUUUCACGGAGGUGUCGGAGAAAGAUUCACGUGGAUGGCAGAAAAAUGGAAGUUUUGGAAGUAUUAGGUCAUGGGGAGGAUGGGGUGUUUACUACUGUUGAUUCUGAAACUGAUGUGCAUGUUAUUGGGUGGAAUGUAUUGGGUGAGACUUGGCCAUAUUUUAAACCUCAUUUUGAAAAAAUGGAUAAGAUCAUGAAUGAGAAAGGAUUUUCCAAGGUUGUUGGUUUUGUCCCCACAGGUUGGACUUAUGAAGUUAAGCGGAAUAAGUUUUCAGUGAGAAAGAGAGAUUCAUUGGAGAUACAUCUUGUUCCUUAUAGUGAACAUUCAAAUUAUGAUGAGCUUAGACAAUAUGUGAAGUUUUUGAAACCAAAGCAUGUUAUUCCAACAGUAGGUACAGAUGUUGAGAAGCUGGAUAGCAAACAUGCAAAUGCCAUGCGGAAGCAUUUUGCUGGCUUGGUGGAUGAGAUGGCCAACAAGCAAGAAUUUCUAAUGGGCUUUCAUCGUUCUGUCCAAGGAGAGGAGGAUGUAGAUGUGAAAAAAUCUGGUCUUGCUUUAGUUAGUCUCACCGUGCAAGAAAACACAAAUGUAUCUGCUCAUGCUCAUUCUUUAGUCUGUAGCAUCAAGCAAGAAAAUGAGGAUACUUCUUUAGAUCCUAAAAGCUUCGGUGCUGCUGAUACGGAUACUGUUAUUGGUUCCUCAUUUUGUCAAGGAGAACCUGUGUCGCAAGGUUUAGAAAAAAUAAGUGAAGGUGAUAUAGAGGAACUACUAAAAGAAAUUCAAGGAUGUUUACCCACUUGGGUCACUAAAGGUCAGAUGUUGGAUUUACUUAGUAUUUCGGGUAAAAAUGUUGUUGAUGCAGUCACAAACUUUUACGAACAUGAAACAGAAUAUCGUGAACAGGUCACCGCCAGUAAUGCUGUUACCUCUUCGUUUGAGGCAAACUCAGCAAAUGAGUCUGCAUUGCCUCCCAAACCAUGUCUUGUUAAAAGCCUGCCCCAGGGCGAGACAACUACAUCAAGUAAGACCGUUAAACUACCCAUCAUGGACAGUUCCAGUAGCAAAAAAUUUUCUCCUGGUAAAAGGAAGAGAAGUACUGGAAACAAGAUAUUGAAGAAAGCUAAAGGACUUGCAAGUAUGGAAUCUGGUGGGCCGAAGCAAUGUACUAUAACAACGUUCUUCAGUAAAACGGUGCCUCUUUCUUUGCACAAUGGAAACAGUGAAGCUGAUAGUAAAAAUUCCCACAAUGAUAACAGCAUGUCAAUAAAUGCCUCUGCUGAGCCUUAUAAAGAGGAAACUGAUCAGUUUAUUCAGAUUGUGAAUGGGGAUGAGUCAUUAAGAAGUUAUGCUACCACAGUGCUAGUGAAGACUAAAGGAGACAUAAGUAUGGCACUUGAUAUUUAUUUUUCAGAAUACAAAGAUAUAGGAGAGACCAAUGAAGAAGAGAUUUCUAAAACGAACAAAUUGGUGCACCCUCAAUGUGCUAAGGAGGUUUUUCCGUCUUCCAGAGAUGCUAAAUUGCCCAAAAUAUUAGGUGAAGAUGAUGCCGAUUUGCCAUUGUGUGGAGUUCCAAUUGCAGAUAAUGCUGUAAAUUAUGUAUCACUUCCCCCUGAGAAAUAUUCUCCUGUGGAACAUGCUUGCUGGAGUAAGGGGCAGGCUGCUCCAUACAUACAUCUUGCACGAACUUUUGAAUUGGUAAAGGAAGAAAAAGGGAAGAUAAAAGCAACAUCAAUGUUGUGCAAUAUGUUUCGGAGCUUGCUAGCCUUGUCUCCAGAGGAUGUGCUUCCUGCAGUGUACUUGUGCACAAACAAGAUAGCUCCUGACCAUGAAAAUAUGGAAUUGAAUAUUGGGGGUAGUACAGUUGUAGCAGCACUGGAGGAGGCGUGCGGGACAAAGAAAUCAAGAGUACGAGAACUAUACAACAGCCUCGGUGAUCUCGGUGAUGUUGCUCAACUUUGCCGACAAACACAAUCAUUACUUGCUCCUCCAGUGGCACUUACAGUUAGGGGUGUAUACUCUGCUCUUAGAAGGAUAAGCUUGCAAGCAGGUAGUGGGAGCGCCAUCCGAAAGAAAAGCCUUAUCGUCAAACUCAUGUGUUCAUGUAGAGAGAAGGAGAUGAAGUUUCUUGUGAGAACUUUGGUUCGGAAUUUGCGUAUUGGGGCCAUGAUGAGAACUGUUCUUCCUGCUUUAGCUCAAGCUGUUGUGUUCAAUUCUAUUCCUCACGAAGGACUGGUCGAUAACCUGAAAGAUUGUCUGCAGCGACUUUCAGCAGAAGCAGUUGAAGCAUAUAACAUCCUUCCCAGCUUGGAUGUACUUGUUCCUUCCUUGAUGGAGAAGGGGGUUGAGUUUUCUUCAAAUACAUUGUCAAUGGCUCCAGGCAUACCCAUCAAACCAAUGCUUGCAAAGAUUACUAAUGGCGUCCCUCAAGUGCUGAGGCUCUUUCAGAACAAAGCCUUUACAUGUGAAUACAAAUAUGAUGGUCAGCGAGCUCAGAUUCAUAAAUUAGCUGAUGGUUCAGUCCGUGUAUUUUCAAGGAAUGGGGAUGAAACAACAUCAAGAUUCCCGGAUUUGGUUAACAUAAUUACAGAAUCAUGUGGUCCCAGAGGAGUAACAUUUAUCUUGGAUGCAGAGGUUGUUGCAAUUGAUAGACAAAAUGGUUCAAAGCUCAUGUCGUUCCAAGAACUAUCUUCACGUGAGAGAGGGUCCAAAGGUUCCAUCAUUGCAUUAGAUAAAAUUAAGGUUGAUAUAUGCAUUUUUGUUUUCGAUAUCAUGUUUGCUAACGGAGAACAAUUGUUGAAUCUGCCGCUCCGUCAAAGACGAAAAUAUUUGAAGGAUUUAUUUGGUGACGGCAAAGUAGGUUAUUUCGAGUACGCUACAGAAAUGACUGUAGAGGACAAUGAUUCUUGUGCAGAUGAUGAAGCCACACUGGCUAGGAUGAACAGUUUUCUUAAUGAUGCAUUAAAUUCUUCAUGUGAAGGGAUCAUGGUGAAAUCUCUUGAUUUAGAUGCUGGGUACACACCAUCAAAGCGCUCUGAUGCUUGGUUAAAGGUCAAGAGAGACUAUGUUGAAGGAUUAAAUGAUUCUCUGGACUUGGUUCCAAUUGGUGCUUGGUACGGAAAUGGAAGAAAAGCAGGAUGGUAUAGUCCUUUCCUUAUGGCGUGCUACAAUCCUGACACAGAGGAAUAUCAGAGUGUCUGCCGGGUCAUGUCUGGGUUUUCUGAUUCCUUCUACGUGGAGAUGAGAGACUUCUUUGAUGCGGACAAAAUCUCCCAGAAAAAGCCUCCCUACUAUCGAACUGCAGAAGCUCCAGAUAUGUGGUUUUCUCCAGAAGUUGUGUGGGAGAUAAGGGGUGCUGACUUCACGGUGUCACCAGUGCAUCAUGCAGCCAUUGGUUUAGUCCAUCCAUCUCGUGGUAUUUCUGUCAGAUUCCCUAGGUUCAUCCGGUGUUUGUCAGAUAGAAAACCUGAGGAAUGUAGCACAUCUGCAGAUAUAGCUGAGAUGUUCCAUUCUCAGACUAGAAAAAUGGAUGUGAAUUUUGAAAAAUAGUUGUAAAUAUUUGUUUAUUAUCAAGGAAGCUCCCUCUCUCUCCCCCCCCCCCCCCCCCCCCCCCCUCUCUCUCUCACACACACACACGCAUGUGCGCAAGUGCACGCGAACGUAUAAAUUCUUACUAGAUGGAAUAGUUGGCAGACAGUAGUGUGUGAUGCUGCAUUUAAUGUGGUAAGCGCUGGACUUGCUUGGGUUAUGAUCAUGAUGCUGUACAGAACUGUGGGGUGCCAUCCUUAAAACUGUAUAGAGAUUCUAUGUUCAAUGUGCGUGUGCCAUUGUUGGAUCCAUGCUGUAUUUUUUUAACAAGCUGAAGCAUUGUCAUAGUUGUGUCACUGAGUGUGCAUUUGUGUAUCCUACCGAAAGAAAUGUUGAAAGAUUCUAUUACCUACA